AUGAGGAACCACACAACGAUAACCACAUUCAUUCUUCUGGGACUCACAGAAGACCCAUAUCUGCAGGUUUUGAUUUUGAUUUUUCUCCUUAUCACCUACAUGCUGUGUAUAUCUGGAAAUCUGACCAUCAUUAUCCUCACUUGGGCAGAUGCCCACCUUAAAACACCAAUGUAUUUUUUCCUCCAGAAUUUCUCUUUUCUCGAAAUUCUUCUUACAACUGCCAGUAUCCCAAGAUUCAUGUACAGUAUAUCAACUGGAGACAGAACAAUUACCUAUACUGCAUGUUUCGUUCAAUUAUUUUUUAUAGAUUUCUUUACGGCAUCCGAGUUUUUUCUUUUGGCCAUUAUGUCGUAUGAUCGGUAUGUGGCCAUCUGCAAACCCCUGCAUUAUAUGACCAUCAUGAGCAUCAGAGUAUGCAGAACAAUGGUUAUCUGCUGUUGGGUGAUAGCCGUUUUUAUUAUCCUCCCCCUAUUUUGCUUGAUUGUGAGCUUGGAGUUCUGUGACUCUAAUGCCAUUAAUCAUUUUGCCUGUGAUGAACUACCUCUUCUGGAAAUCUCAUGCUCAGACACAUGGUUAGCUGCGCGGAUGGUUACAGCCUGUGCGGGACUGAUCUUCAUCACCACUCUUGUAUGUGUCGUUCUUUCCUACAUCUCUAUCAUGAAGACAAUCCUAAAAUUCCCUUCUGCUAAACAAAGAAAAAAGGCCUUUUCCACCUGUUCUUCCCACAUGAUUGUGGUUUCCAUCUCCUAUGGAAGCUGCAUCUUCAUCUAUAUCAAAACUUCUGGAAAAGAAGAUGUGGAGAUUAAUAAAAGUGUCUCGUUGCUUAUUGCAUCCAUAUCACCAAUGCUGAGUCCUUUUAUAUAUACCCUGAGGAAUAAGCAAGUCAAACAAGCCUUUAUUGACUUAAUCAAAAAAAUUCCAUUCCCCCCAAGAAAUAAAGUGUGCCUAAAUUCAUAA